UCGCUACAUGUCUUGGAUCUCUUCUUUUCCACCGAAUCUACACCGAGCAGGCAACUCGACUUGACGCUGGCAGUCAAUAUGCUUGACUUUUGGAUAUGGGCUUUGGCCAUUAUCCUGAUAGCUGUUGUUCCCUUCGUCUACAAUAUUGCCUUUCACCCCCUCCGUCACUUUCCUGGGCCAACCCUCGCUGGUGGCACAUCUUGGUGGCGCGCCUACGUUGAAGUAUUUCAGGGCAAGAGUUUAACACAUGAGUUAUUUGACCUACAUGAAGAAUACGGUAUUGCAAACUUCAUAUUGCGUAGACCAAGUUGGACAUUAACUCGAGACAGGCGAUAUUGUCCGUAUAGCACCAAACGAGGUAUGGUUUUCCUAUCAGCCGACUCGAUCAACUUCUAACGCCAGAGUUAGCUUCAUUUUUCAAAACCUACAGCAUUUCAUGAAAUUUAUAAUUCGUCCAACAAAUGGGACAAGCAUGAGCAUUUAUACUCGACGACAGGUAUCAAAAGUGGCUCUUUUUCUAUCCGUGACUAUGGGCAAGCCAAAGACCGUCGCGGUGUUUUGCAGCCCAUGUUCUCAAAGCAGUCCAUCGACAAUAUUGAGCGUCUCGUUUGGCAACAGGCGGAAAAUCUAAGUGCAAACAUGGCCUCUAUUGACAAAGACAAGGCGUCAGUCGAUCUCCUGCAGGCAUUUCGCUCCUUCGCCCUGGACACGAUUAUGGCGUUUACCUUUGGAUUCAACGUCAGCACAUUGGCGUCUCAUAAUUUCCAGGAUCCCCUCGUCAUUGCCUUGAACUCGAGCCUAUCGUCGAUGCCAUUUAUGAAGCAUUUUCCCAGUAUUCGCAAAAUCGCAUACGCUAUUCCUCCGUCCAUUGGAAUGAACAUGAUGCCUGGCGGCGAUAAAUUAGUCGCUCGCAUUUAUCAAGUCAGUGGUAUCUUGAAAGAACAGCUGCAAAAGAUUCUCAUCGCUCCAGAGAAAUUGGACGAGGCGCCUCACCAAACAAUCUUCCACCGCCUCCUCGACAAAACCGCAUAUAAGACUGGCCGGCUACCGGAUAUAACAGAAUUCAUGGACGAAGGCAUGACUCUUUUGACGGCAGGAGCCCACACUGUGGCAGACACGCUUGUCGUUGGUGCAUGGCAUCUUACGCAGCAGCCUGAUCUGGUAGAUGAACUACGAGAGGAGAUCAAGACGGUCUGGCCCAACCUUCCAAGUGUCCCGAGUGCAAACGAGCUGAAGCAGCUACCACUAUUGAGCGCCACCGUCAAGGAAAUGCUUCGAAUGGGUCCAAUGGGUGUUUCCUUCACGCGAAUCGUCCCCCAAGAAGGUGCCAUCAUCGCCGGAAGAGCUAUUCCUGGUGGAACUGUGGUGGGAAUGGGCAUCAACCACGUGCAUCUAUCAGAGACGAUAUUCAAGGACGCUAAGACCUUCAACCCUAGGCGAUGGAUGGGCACUGAUUCGUCUGGACUAGACCAGUGGUUGGUAGCGUUUAGCAAGGGGCCACGCGCAUGUAUCGGUGUGAACUUGGCCAUGAUGGAGCUCAACAUUGCGACAGCCAUGGUGAUUCGCCGAUUUACACUGAGUAAUGAUGGAACCACAGAGGCUGAUAUGGAGUGGAAGGAAUGUUUUGCAGCAUUUUUCCCGCGUCGUCAUUUGCAUGCAUGGUGCAAACCAGUGUCAGAGUAAAGCCUGUGAGGGUUUCCUGACAGUACAUUUCAGUACAUAGCGGUUCGCCGUACGUAAAGCAUUAGCAGGUAUAUUUUACGCACAUUAUUUAAUUUGAACAUUAUUUCACGUUUUCAACACAUGUCCUGUUGUACUGGUGAGCUGGUACAAGUCGUCAUAAUAACCCGGUUCUGGUGCUAUGGAAGGUAUGUCGUUGACUGAAGUCGUCGUCAGGGCCCCGAUGCAACGCUGCAAACUUGUGCAGGGGUUCCGAUCGAUUUCUAGAAAAACGGCAACUUCCAUUUUUAGUGCUGUUUUGUCGCACUUUCAUGACAUUUGU